AUGAGUGACAGUAGCGGAGGCUUUCCGCCUCCACCCGGGUCCCAAGAUCCGAUAAAAACCCUGCUCCACCAAGAGCUCGAUAAACUGGCCGCAGACCUAGAAGCAGUGGAGCUCAAGGUGCGCGCAGGGGAUCAAGAUUACAAGAUGCCCCGUUGGAACACCGACCUGCUAGUUUCAGCAGCGGGAUAUCCAGAGGAGCGCGCUCGCUAUCGCGAACUGAUCCAACAAGGCCGCGAGCGCAGCGAUGCCGCCCUGCUUGAGUACAGCCGCAGCCUCACCGCGCCUUCAGAAGAGAAGGCGCAGGCUCCGCAAGCAUCUUCAGGAAAGAAGACGCUACUCAAACCGCCUUCAUUCAGAUCGCCUGCACCUUCUGCUCCCAAGCUUGCACCCAAGAACGAGAGCGCGCCUACAGAACAAGUAGGCCGGAAAGCACUCCCAGCCUUUGGAUCGCUUCUGAAGCGGAACUCCGGGGUGACGCCCGAAACGCGCGCGUCACAGAACCCACCUCCGCCCGCCCAGAAACCGGCGACACCCAGUCGUACGCUAGGUCCAACGUCGCAGGCACGACCACCACCCGCCGGAAGAGGCGCUGGAGCUCCAUCAGCAUAUGGCGCACCAGCUGUUGCAAGGUCAGUAUCGGCUCAGACCAGUGCCGGAAGAGGCACUGCGCCGCCAACGCAAACCCGGCUAACGCCCGGCACAUACAGCAGAGUCGCGCCACCUAUCAAGGGCCCCCUAGACGACGCGCUUGUCAGAGACGGUUGGACUCGCUGGCAGAACUGCGCCGGCAUGCCGAGGACGCAGACAGCCAAGCACGAGGGUGGUCCACUCGAUGGACAGACUAUCAAGAACGCCAAGGGUCAAGACGCGGUCGCCAUCAAAUUGAAUCCAUCGGAAUACGGUGCCCCGCCAGGUAUGGAUCUGGGAUACUGCGAGGGAUGGAUCAAGAACAACCAUUGCGACUUCGAGAGCUGGGAAGUGUGUCCACUCCGCCAUUGGAACGCAGAGCCCAUCGAGCUGCGAUGGCAUUCGGACAACUUUGCGAAGCGGAUGUUGCGUAACAGAGGCCCCUUCUUGCCGCCUGAUGAUCCGAAGUCCCGAUACAAUGGCCGCUCGCGUAUCUACUUCAACGGGACUGUGUUUAAACCAGAGAGAUUUAGAGAAUCACUACCGGGAAUGAAUCCAUGGUUCGAUCCAGCUGUGAUCAAUCAGAAGGCCAUUCCCACUCCUGAGCAACAGGCUGCACAGAAUGUCCAGCCUCAGAGCAAAGAGAUCUUCAUACAAACCGGUCCCAAGAAGAGGGACCAAGAAGCUCGCCCUUCCGUACUGUCCAAGGUCGCGAUGCCACCCAAGACUUUCGUGCCAUCCAAGAAAUCCAAAUCCCCAGCUGUUCCUGCCGGCUCGAGCAAGAUCAAGCAUGGGGGUGAAUUGGAGUCGGUUGAAGAGGGCCAGGGCCGUCGCGCCAAGUCUGAGGCGCUUGACGCAAAGUGCAACGCUGAUAUAGAGGCAUGGCGUCUAGAGUUGGAGAAGGCAGAGUGCGCCUUGCGCGCCCAGAACAAGGGUGCCAAGCUGGAUAACGGGAGCAAGGAGGAGAAGGACUGA